UCAUCAACAAAACUAAAUUGACCAUUUUGAGAAAACGCUUUUCAUGUGGUGCCUUGAAAAACACGUCGAUCCGCAUCUGUUGAGCAAAUUUAGUGACACUGAUAACAAAUCAAAAAAAUCUUCUAUUCCAGAAUGCCAAUUAUACGUUUGGAAUCUUCCGAUAAGGAAAUUUUUGAUACCGAUAUCGAAAUAGCCAAAUGUUCGGAAACUAUUAAAACGGCACUUGAAGAUUUGGGUGACGAAAGCGACAAUAGUGUGCUACCCCUGCCCAAUGUUAACUCGACUAUAUUGCGCAAGGUGCUCCACUGGGCUACCUAUCACGCCCAAGACGAUCCGCAGCAACCCCAGGAGGAUGAGAACAAGGAAAAGCGCACAGACGAUAUUUCAUCCUGGGAUGCUGACUUUCUUAAAGUCGACCAAGGCACCUUGUUUGAGCUCAUUCUGGCCGCUAAUUAUUUGAACAUCCAGGGCCUAUUGGAUGUCACCUGCAAAACGUGCGCCAAUAUGAUCAAGGGCAAGUCACUUCAGGAUAUUCGCGAGACGUUUGCCAUAGCCAAUGACUUUUCUCCAGCUGAGGAAGAGCAGGUGCGCAAGGAGAACGAAUGGUGCGAAGAGAAAUAAUAAAAUCAAAACAAUAACUUCCAUAUACAUUUACAUACAUGUCGGCUAAUUUUCGAAUCAGAAAAUCACUAACUGCAAUAUCUAGAUGGCGCUAUCGUGUUACAAAUUUAGCCCUACCAACCCUUCUUACCGCGUGACUGCUGGUAUUUUUCCCAUGCAAAGUAUGUUUUUUGCUGCUCCCAGAACACGGUCACACUGCGGUUGAAUUCGCCAAAAAAAAACUAACUAAACUAAAUUUUUGAUCUGGAUUGGCGCAUAGCAAAUAAAUUUGCAGUAUAAUUCUCGAAAUUUUCUGUGAAAUUGCAUAUUGACGCCGCAUAUAAACGCAAUUCUAAAGUUGCGUGACAAAAACA